AAAACAUUUGACCGAGCGCCACCACCCCCGGAUCCGCGCAUCUUGGCUGGAGGCUGCCGAAUAUCACCGGGAACAGUCGAAAUAGGAAACGAAACUCCCGUUUAUUGUGUGUACUUCCUGGUCCAGUUCUCCUAGACAGAUUGAUCCUACAUGCCUCCAUGAAAACGCGCUCUGCCUCCCCUUCGCUUGCGUCCGACCGACGGAUGGGAGCGCAGAAACAGCGGAUGUAGCCUGACUGUUCUAGUAUUGAUGUUUCCAGACAUCCGCAGCUGCAGCCUCCGUAACCGGAUUGUGGCCGAUUUCGGACAAGGAAGCGACGCUUUACUCCCGAUUUGAUUUCUAUAUUCUUUUGUCUGCGCAACCGGCAGCCGCGUUUUUUGGAUGUGUGAUGAGGGAUUAGUGAAGUAAACACGCCGGCCUGCGCUCAUGAUCAGAGGAGAGGUUAGAUCCAUCCCUCAGACUCAGAUUGUCCUUGAUCGCAAGUUGAUUUUUACUUCGGAGCAGAGAAACUGUUGGCCCCAAUGGCGUCAGUUUCCAAGGUGUCUAUUUUGGAUUACUUUAAUAUUGUGUUUGAAGGGGAAAAUGGGAAAAUUGAGUCCAACUGCAAGGCUUGUGGCACCAGGAUCCAGGCGAAACGGAGUGUCACGUCCAACUUCGUAACGCAUCUCAAGCGUAAACACCAGGCUAUGUAUGAUGACUUUGUGAAAAGGAAGGAUAUGAAGCGAGAGGGUUACUCCUCUGGGUCUCUACACACUUUCACCACCAAUGGAGGGAAUAGCCGCUACUCUCUUCCCAUCAGUACUGGAGUGGCAGCAGGAGGAGGAGGAGGAGGAGUUGGUGGAAUUGGAAGUCCUGACGGAGGAGUAGGAGGAGGUUCAGGAGGAGCGGUGACUAAAUUUGACAGACAUGAUCCCCGUCAGGUUCUGAUUUCUGAAGCUAUAGCUAAGAUGAUCGUCCGUGAUCUACAGCCAGUGUCGAUAGUGGACAAUCAGGGCUUCAGAGAACUACUCCAGCUUCUUGAGCCACGUUAUAGUCCAGAGCCGCAGCACUACAUCCAGAGCCAACUCCUUCCAGCCUAUGCUUACCAGGCCCAGCUGGCAACGCGUCAAGCCCUAGCCUCAGCGCACGCCCUCAGUCUCAGCUUGGAUGUCUGGAGGGAUGUGGCUGGGAGCGCUUCAGGGUAUCUUGGCGUCACCUGUCAUUUUCUGACAUCAGAUUGGCAGAUGCGUUCAGCCCUUCUGGCGUGCCUUCCUCUGCCUGGGGGGACCUCUGGGAGUCGAGUUCUUUCAGAUUUUGAUGAAGUAUGUCACUCUCACGGUGUUUCAGGAAGAGCCUUCCGCGUUGUCGCUGACCCCCUCCUGGCUACAACAACAGUAAAGCCGUGUUGCCUUCCUGGUUUCUUGGUAUCACCCGCUCUUGCUAAUGGGCAAGACGAAGACGAUGAUGAAGAGGUGGACAAUGGUCACAUUCUGGAGGAGGGUAUCCGGAACGGUCAUGGUGACGGGGCAGAUGAAGGAGAGUGGGAGGACUCGUGGGAGCAGGGGUUGGGUGUGUGUCGCAUCGACUGUUUUUCUCGCUCUCUUGAACAAUGUGUCAGAGAAGGACUGCGCUCCUGCCCACAGUUGUCCUCCACUCUGGCCAAAGCUGCCUGCUUCUACAACUACAUCACGUCUGCUGUCCCAGCGGAGAAACUCAGCCAGGUGUUUGAUGCUCCAGGGAUGAUGGUGGGUGGACCAGGAAACAUCCCCCAUCCUGUUAAAGACUGGGCUGCACAGCUUAAGAUACUUCGGCGACUGGUGGAUUCAGUGGAGUUCUUGGAGGAGAUGAGUGGCCCAGGAGAACUAGCACUAGGUAGUUCAGAGAGAGCCCUGCUGAGGGAGGUCACCGACACCCUGGAGCCCUUCACUGAGGCCUGGGACAUGGUGCAUGGGGACAGACCGGCAGACACGCAGGCAGACAGACAUGUGUCCAUCAGUCUUGCUAUGCCGUGUGUUUUGGGUCUGCGGAAGCAUCUCUCUGAGACCUCAGUUGCCCAUUGCCCCACCCUCCUGGUGGGCCUCAGCCAAGCUGUGGAGCGUCUUCUGGCCCCUAUCCUGGAGGACCCCCUCUACAUCACUGCUACCACCCUGGACCCCCAGUUCAAGCUGACAUGGAGUAGCAACCCUGACUGGCACAGACAAGUUGUCAUAGAGGAGUUAACCAAACAUUCCUCAUCCUCCAGCCCGUUGGACCCCAACACAGACCUUCAUCCCCAAUCCCAUACUCCUCCUGCUCCAGCUCCAUCUCCAGUUUCCUCACUUUCACGACCCUGCAAGUUGUUCUCCUUCAUCAAACAGAGACCCAUGACACAGGCCAAGAGCCUAGAGCAGGAGCUGGCUGUGUACCUUCGCGAGGAACCCACAGACGAGGAGGCGUUGCAUUACUGGCGCCGUAAGGCAAUUGACUUUCCUCAACUUGCUCAGAUGGCCAAGAGAGCGUUCACCAUACCUGCCUGUGGCACUGUGGUCGAGAGAAUUUUCACUACAGCUGGUUGCUGUCUGCGACCAGAGAGAGGCCGCAUCUUACCAAAGAACCUGGAAACACUAAUCUACCUCAAAGCUAACUACAGAUUAUUGUGGACUUAAGUGGGCAGAAGUUUGAUAGCAGAAAGCUUUAUACUUACAGAACAUUGAUUCUUGGAUACUAACCUCUUAAAUAAAGCUAAGCGUGCAACAUAAUCUAGCCCUCAUACUGAGCAUCAAUCACUGAAAUGGAAAGAUUUACCCAAAGUUCACAGCUGAGGCCCAGUUUUAUAUUUCAAAUGUUUUUUCAGAGUACAGUAGGUGUGGAUUGUUGACUGUUUCCCAUGUAGCCUGCAUACUGACAUGCUGUGGACCAAGGAGACUGCAAGCAGAUCAAUACUAAAACAUUCACUUUGACAUUAUUUUUCCUGAUCAGGGUCUCAGACAACCACAAGACCACAAGCCCCCACACUCUGUCCUCCCUUCCUCAAAGACAUUUUGUGUCUCUGCCAACAUUUAUCCCAUGGGCAUACCAACAGUAAACAAAUGGUCACUUACUGCAAACUGUAGCAUAUGAUUUCAUUUCACUGAUAUAUGAUAACCUUAAACGUUGUGAUUUAUUCGUUUAAUAGAGUUGACUGAUUGAAAAAUGUAAACCUGGCCUCUAAACAGCAUAACAGUGCAUCAAUCACAUUCUUUUUCUCUCUGUAUGUAUGCCUCAUCACUGACACAUCAUAAUAAAUAAGUUUCACUUUU